AUGUAUUUUUCAUACUCGAUUACCUCUGGGAUUAAACCAGAAUUCAUUUUCCCAUCCACAUCGGACGAAUCGACUGCUUACGACUACCCCGACUCACUCACGUGUGGCUGCCAGAUUGGAGACCAAAGCCACAAGGAUAAAAACUGGGUCAUCUCAACUGCUAUAUUUGAUCUCAAUAAAGAUGAUCAGGGUAUUCGGAGAUUUUCUACCCAUCUAUACCCGGGUUCAGCACCCGAUGGUCUUGCUACUAUCAUCCCCGUGAUCGAUGGAAAUACCAUGGAGAUGGUUGAUCCAGAGUCUAACACGCAAAUAACCCCAGUCACGGAAUCUGCAGAGCCAGAUCUGCUUGCGCAGUGUCACUGUGGCGGUGUUUCAUUCAAGAUAGCCAGACCAAAAGCCGAGUUCAUCGCCAAUCCAGAAAGUCAAGUCUGGCUUUCUCCGAUAUAUCAAAACAAGUGGCUCGCAUGCAUGGAUACCUGUGAUGAUUGCCGGCUGGUGAACGGCACUCAUGUCAUCGGGUGGAUGUUUAUCCCGGUGAGCCAUCUCUCUCCGAUUCCACCUACCAAUCUGGUGAUUGGGUCUUCCAAGACCUAUCGCUCCACCACGGAUGUGCUUAGAACAUUCUGCGACACUUGUGGAGCGACAGUAUUGUACAGCUGUCAGGAAAGAGCAGAGAUAGUCGAUGUUGCAGUUGGAAUCCUAAGAGCACCAGAAGGGGUUAUGGCUGAGAAUUGGGUAUCAUGGAGAGCAGGUCGAGUUGCGUGGUUGGAGAAUGGACAACGAUAUCAUGCGGGGUUCAGUAAAGCGUUGAUGGAAGGGUUGAAGUUAUGGGGAGUUAAGCGGGGUCAUCCAGAUGAAUUUAUCAUUCCAUAG